AUGACUUCAUCGCAAUUCGUGGACCUUUCAAGUCCUCUUAGGCUCACAAAUGCGGGACGUCUCGCCGUACAGGACCAAAUCGCGUCCCUCGAAACACGGUUAGAUGACCUUGCACACCAAAAGAACCUUGCAUUCACUCACCUCGAUUCUCUCGUAUCGGAAAAGUCGCUUUUAGAAACCGAAAUGAUGCGUCGCAAGUCCUCCCUCCAUCCCAUCAAGUUACUGCCUUCCAACCUCUUGCCGCGUAUAUUCAAAUUCUACGUCGAAAUUCAACCGAAAGGGGUAGGUGUACUACAAUGCGUCUCGAAGGAGUGGAAUAUUAUCGUCAAGAAUUUGCCUACACUCUGGACUACUCUCCACAUUGGUGACUAUGCUCUGUGGAGCUGGAAGAGAUAUAUCGACGCCUGUUUCCUGAGGAGUAAAAACCUACCGUUAGAGGUACGUUUUUUAUUCGAUGGGACCUCGCAAUACGGCCAGGACACACAACUAAACGUUGUUCUUGACCUCUUAUACUAUUUGACCUUCCUCGUAUCCUCCCGAUGGGUAUCACUAGAAUUCACGUGGCUGGAAGCCUCGGGUUCAUGGGGACGCAGUCCGCGAUUCUACAAACUGCGUAAUAUCAUUCAACGGGCAUCAAGCCUCCAAUCUAUCCAUGUUAGGGGUGGCUUUCAUCUUACUUUCAUGGACCCGAGUACAGGCUCUGUAUAUCCUAAAGCCACCUACGGGUCAUCUCUCCGGAGCCUGCACAUCUACGAUAUCGCAUGGGACGAACUAAGCCCCAAGGUUCCAGUACCUUCGGUAGAGGAGCUCACCAUAGAGUGGAACAACUCCAAUGCAUGGUACGAUCUGAUGAGCCAAAGGACUCCUUGGUUAUCCUGUUUCCCGUCUCUGCGUCGUUUAAGCCUGCACGCCUCCAACACUCCCACAUCUUUGGACAUCCCUUCGGGAUACCAUAUCACCUCAUACGCAGUGUCCGAUUUACACACACUGAAAAUUGUAGGACCGGUGCCUGCAACUGCGUUGAAAAAUAUCCGGCUUCCAGCAUUAGAGACGUUACGAAUCUAUGAAAACAUUGAUGGUGAGCAUAUACUGGAAGAGGAUAGCACUGUGGGCUCGAUGUCCCAUAACAUGGCUCCAUCGCAAUUCGUGGAUCUUUCAAGUCCUCUUAGGCCCACAAAUGCGGAACGUCUCGCCGUACAGGACCAAAUUGCGUCCUUAGAACCACGAUUAGAGGACAUACAAUGUCAAAGGAAGGUUGCACUCGCUCACCUUAACUCUCUCCUCGUGGAGAAAUCACUUCUGGAAACCGAAAUCAAGCGUCGAAAGGAGCUUCUCCAUCCUAUAAAUGCCGAGUGA